UGUAAAAUCGGCCGCAUUGGAUCCGUCAGCCUACUGCGAGACUCCGGUGUACAACCCGGAUCUCUGCCCCAACAUGAUAGCGGCCCAGGCCAAGCUGGUGUACCACCUGAACAAGUACUACAAUGAGAAAUGUCAAGCUCGGAAGGCCGCUAUCGCCAAGACCAUCAGGGAGGUGUGCAAAGUGGUGUCAGACGUCCUGAAAGAGGUGGAGGUGCAGGAGCCGCGGUUUAUCAGUUCGCUCAACGAGAUCGACAACCGCUUCGAGGGUUUGGAGGUGAUUUCCCCCAACGAGUUCGAGGUGGUCCUGUACCUGAACCAGAUGGGAGUUUUCAACUUCGUGGACGACGGCUCUCUGCCGGGCUGCGCGGUGCUGAAGCUCAGCGACGGCCGCAAGAGGAGCAUGUCCCUGUGGGUGGAAUUUAUCACGGCUUCGGGGUACCUCUCGGCUCGCAAGAUCCGCUCCAGGUUUCAGACGCUGGUGGCUCAGGCGGUGGACAAAUGCAGCUACCGGGACGUGGUGAAGAUGGUGGCCGACACCAGCGAGGUGAAGCUGCGGAUCAGGGACCGCUAUGUGGUGCAGAUCACUCCGGCUUUCAAGUGCACCGGGAUCUGGCCGAGAAGCGCCGCGCACUGGCCGCUGCCGCACAUCCCUUGGCCCGGGCCGAACCGUGUGGCCGAGGUCAAGGCCGAGGGGUUUAAUCUGCUCUCGAAGGAGUGCUACUCCCUGGCCGGGAAGCAGAGCUCUGCCGAGAGCGACGCCUGGGUCUUACAGUUCGCCGAGGCCGAGAACAGGCUGCUGUUGGGGGGCUGCAGGAAAAAAUGCCUCUCCGUCCUCAAAACUUUACGCGAUCGACACCUUGAACUUCCCGGACAGCCUCUCAAUAACUACCACAUGAAAACUCUGGUGUCCUACGAGUGCGAGAAACAUCCCCGGGAGUCGGACUGGGACGAGUCGUGUUUGGGAGAUCGCCUAAACGGGAUCCUACUGCAGCUCAUCUCCUGUCUCCAGUGUCGCAGAUGUCCACACUAUUUCUUACCCAAUCUUGAUUUAUUUCAGGGCAAACCACACACCGCUUUGGAAAACGCAGCGAAACAAACUUGGCGCCUGGCGAGGGAGAUACUCACCAACCCCAAAAGCUUGGAAAAACUUUGAAAACCAACAUGUAAGACUGACUUGCAGGUGUUUUAUUUUAUUAUGACUGCUCUCGUGUGUGGUUCAGUGGUGGCUGUUUGGGUGUUGCGUAUCGUGAAUUCUUAGAAGGACAAAGCUGACUCCUUCCAAUUUCUUUUGGAUACAGCUGGACCUCGUUUUUUUUUUUGUUUUGCUUAAAAAGAAGAUGUUGCCAUCAAGGUAUCUAUCUGUAGAUAAGAUCAUCGUCGUCGUUUAUUUUCCUGCUCAUUUGAUUGUGUCAUACAUUCUGGCGACAGUGGAUCGUUUCAGAUUUCUAAGCUUCUUCAUUCCCUUCCUCACACAUUCCACCAUUACUUGAAUUGUUAUUUAAAAUCUAUUUGAACGGAGAUUUUUGAACGUUGCUUAUACAUAUAACGCUCGACUAUUGAAUACUGGAGAGGAUUUUGAAACGAUGCACUUGGAAAAAAAACACUGGAUUAGAACACUUCGUGGUUUAAAGGACAUUUUGAAAUUCUUGUUGGUGAGAUUAUUUAAUUUGAAAACGAUACAAAUAAAACGAUUACACUCCUUAAUGGCGAGAGUUUGUAAUGAGUUGCUAAAAAAAUUAAAAGGUGCUGCAGAAGAUCGCAUACUUUGAUACUUACUGCAACAUGCAAUUUAUUUCGUGUUAAUGUGUCAUUGGUGUAUCUACAUCAACCUGCCCACAGCUCAACUUUUUAAAAAUAAUAAAUGGAUGAUACAAAACCGGGAGAAACGCCACGGUAUCCUGUAAUAUAAGAUUAUAAGAACCUAGUGUCACGUUGUUUCUGUAUGAUUGAGCUAGGUUCGAGGAGAGUAUAAAGAUAAAAUAAAUACUAUAGCUUCGAGAAAUUAAUAUGGAAUCGUAUGUAUAAACCAACCAGGAAUAGAAGUCAGUGGUUGGACUGUUUGUGUAAAUAUCUUAAAAGCAAAUAAAAUGCCAUUUUUGUUCCAAGUGAAUACUACUGGAUUUCUGUUAACCGAACGUCGUAAUUAUGUGUAUGUUUUGCUGGGUUUAUUGUACCUCUACUGCAAUCGCCAGAUUAGCCAACGAUGAAGUGAAAAUGAAAAGGAAUAAAAUUGCACGCAUUUUAUCAAUAUGUUAUCCCAACCAUAACAAAAUGGCGUUAUAACCUCCAGCUCAAACCACUAUUUCGGAAUACUGAAAUCAGGAAGGAAAAUCACAAGGAAUUAAACACACAAACACAUUCUUUAAAUAAACGCCACACGACUUAAAUCGAGGAACGGAGACUAAACCUUAAACCCAGGAGUUUAACAUGUUUGCCAGAAAAAUGCAGCACAUUGAAAGGCAUAAAGUAACUGUUUACGGUUUUAAACAUACUGCACAUUUGUAAAUGUACCAGUUCGAUGACGAUUUUCUAGAUUUAAAGAUAAAUUAUGUAUGUGUCAGAUGCCAAAAUAAGUCUUUACAUUGUCACACGCUGUUUCUAACAGGCCGCAGUGUUACACUUGGUGUUGGAUUCGGUGCAUUGCUAUAAAUACUGUAAGUGUUAUCAGUCUCAUCUGGACACAGAUCGGGUUUGUGUACACGCGACAGAGACAAGUCGUUACAAAAAUAAACAUGGAUCAAAUCAUAUUAAAAUUACACCCGAGACAAAGUCGGUCCAAUCUAACUAAAACACAGUGGUGGAUUUUAAUUGUUUAGAGAGAGACGAAUCGGAUCCCAACAUUAAAAAAAAGACCAUGUUUGUUUACAAAGGAAUUGGUUUGUAAUUUGAAGAAU